CCUAUUUAUUUGUUUAACCCUCAGGAGGUCGGUGGCCGGGUGUUGACCCAGGAAGAUUGAAGUUUCAGGUCACACUUGUGUAAACAAUUUCCAUUCUUGUUUAACAGAAUUACUUAAACAUUGCGUUUUUGCCACACGCACCUAGACGGGUUCUCUCCUCGAAACUGGAGAGUCAGACGUCGAGAGCUCCGCCGUCCUCCUCGUAUAGAAUUCUCACUUCAUCUUUGUUGCUCGUCCCUCACCCCGCUGGGAAAAGCCGUGUUCUAAGCUAGUCUAUAAGAAAGAAGGAAGGACAGACUUGGAACCUGAGGGACCGUCAUGAGGCAACAAGUCCUAUUGGUUUUAUUCGUCGGUGUUUGCAUUCUGUCCUUUUCUCUCGGGGAAAGGGAAGGCCAGAAGUCGACGAUCCAGAAGAAAGAUGAAGUCAAGAAGGAGCCGCAAAUUUCCAAGAAGACGGGUGAAGAAGGCAGAGGAACACAGAGGGAUCCAAGUCCGCACAAAAUCGAAAUAAAUACACGUAGACAAAAACCCAAUGGAGACGAAGAACAGGAAAACGACGAGAAAAAGGAUGGAAUAAACAAGGAUGGACCAAAAGGUGGAGGGCGAACGAACAAAAAAAUGCAGAAAGGCAAAGUGUCCGCAGAACGAACGCUAUGCGCCGAAGAAGGAGGGAAAUGCAAGAAAAAAUGCAAACAACAGAACAUAAUUGACGUCACAUGUCAAGACGGAAACAUCUGCUGUGACAUAUCCGCAAGGCAGUCAAAAGCCAACAGCGGGAGUUCCAAGGGCGCGAUGACAUAUUCGAAGGGCAAUCAGGGAAAGUCCGGAGCCUCGAUGGCAUCGGACAAGGGCGUGGAUGAUAAAAUCUUUUGCAAGAAAUCGGUAACCCUUUGCAAGACGAACGAAGGACUGUGUCUCGAGAUCGGGUCCAAGUGCAAGUACACGAUUUUGCCCAUCCACCACCAAAAGACCUGCAUCGGAAAACCUUGCAGCUGUUGUGUAGAAAAACCGAUGUGCGUCCCCAGCUCCUACUGCUCGGCUGAGGGCGGCUACUGCAGCGAGUACUGCGGCGACGGCGACCGCGUCCUCGACGGCAAGUGCCACACGGCUGAGUGCAAGUGCUGCGCCCCGCCCUGCAAGACACAGAGCUCGUGCUUCCAGAAGGGCGGCGUCUGCGUCACCAACGGGGCCUUCUGCGCCGGCACUCUCACGCCGGAGUGCGAGGGCUCAGGCUGCAUGUGCUGCGUGAAUGACCCUUCAUGCGCGAGGCUGAAGAAGUGUUCGAAGGCGGACGGCCGCUGCACCGCAGGGAAAUGCUCGGCCGACGAAGAGGAGAUCGCGAGCGGGUGUUCGGGGUCCGGCUGCAGGUGUUGCGCGCCCAAGGCACCGCCCUGCGUCACGAAGGACAAGUGCAAGAAGAAGGGCGGCACGUGCGUGAAGCCUGGCGACUGCGAGUACUCCGACGCCUCGUCCAAGGGCUGCGGCAAAGGAUGCGUGUGCUGCCAAGCAUCAACUUGCAAUAUGAAGCGUCCAUGCAAGAAAGCACACGGAUACUGCACGACAGAAUAUUGCAAGGGGUCAGAAGUUGAAAUACCAAAGGGCUGCAAAGGUGACGACUGCCGAUGCUGUGCUGAGCCA